CUUGGCAACAAGGAUAAAUUUCAUUUGAUAGGCUAUAAUGUAUCUCAAUUCUGAUUGGCUUUGAUCUGUUAUUUUUUUUUUAUAACUUUUUCCUUGUUAUUUUCCUUCUUUCCUUCGUAUUAAUUGACUAUUUGGUGUGAAGUUGGUUAUGGCGUAUAUAAAGAGAUCUUGCUACAAGUGCGGAAACGUUGGACAUUUUGCUAAUGUGUGUCCAGAAGCUGAAAGACUUUGCUAUAACUGUAAGCAACCCGGACAUUUGUCUGCAGAAUGCAACAAUCCCAAGGUUAUUGAGCCUAAGCAGUGCUUUAAUUGUGGAGGAGGUAAGAUUAAACGAGAAUUUGACCAAGUUGAGCUUAAUCAAACGCGCAAUGUGCUUAUUCUAGUGGGUCAUAUUCAAUCACAGUGCACGAGUGACCGUUCUGUCAACAAGACGAACAGAAACAAGCCUCAGUGUUUCAAUUGCCAACAAUAUGGUCAUGUAGCUAAACAUUGUACUCAGCCUCCACAGCCUAGAGAACGUCGUCGCAGCAGCAGCAGCAGCAGCAACAAUAACAACAACAGCAAUAACAAUAAUGUUAUUCCACGUAAGCCUCGUAUGAACACUAGAAACAGACAAGUUAUUUGUCACAAGUGUGGUGGGAUCAAUCAUUUUGCAAAGGAUUGUAAGGCAAGCGACAUUCUUUGUUAUAAUUGCAACAAGUAUGGUCACAUUGCUCGCGAAUGUCCUAUUACAAUGUCAUCAUCAAAGCCUGAUUACCCAAAGAAGCGUAACAGCGGCAAGGCUUGCUAUGUAUGUGGAAAGGUUGGACAUAUUGCUCGUAACUGCUUUGUAGCCAAGAGACAAAGAGACGAUGAAAGCGAAGGAGAAGGAGAAGAACAUGAAGAUGAAACUGAGUCUGAAGAAGAAGAAUCCUAUGAUGAAGAAGACGAAGAAGAUGAAGAAGAAGAUGAAGAAGAAGAAGAAAGAGUAAAGUCAGAAAAGCAAGAGGUCAAGGAUAACAGUAAACAUUAGACAUUUCUUUUUUGAAAAAUAUUCGUCGGAAUUUUAAAAUAAAUGGUCGGUAUGCGGAGAUUGAACGUUUAUCUUUAUUUUUUUUUCUGCUCUUUCCAGGCAUUUCCCCUUCUUUUUUUCUUUUUCUUUUUUCAUA